GGCUGUAGCAAGGUCAUGUUUUCUGGAAGAACAAAAAUGGGAAUCGAAAACUUUCUGGUACAAAGUUUGACUUCGGCGUCGACUAAUGGACUCUUAUGGUUCUUUCCGGUUCUCGGUGCGAUACUUGUCUACUUCCAAUAUGAAGUUCUAGACAAUGAGGCCCCACCGAUCAAUGUGCCAUCGGAGAUGCUAUUACCCUCAUAUCAUUUUAUAGUGAUAGGAGGUGGUAGCGCAGGAGCUGUAGUUGCCAGCCGUUUGUCCGAGAUCGAGGAUUGGAAUGUGUUACUGCUGGAAGCAGGUGGUGAUGAAACCGAAAUCUCGGACGUGCCUUUGCUUGCCGGUUAUCUUCAACUCAGCCAGCUGGAUUGGCAAUACAAGACCGAGCCGCAGGGAGAUGCUUGCCUAGCGAUGGAGAAUGGCCGUUGUAAUUGGCCUAGAGGUAAAGUGCUAGGCGGAAGCAGCGUACUCAAUUACAUGCUAUAUUUGAGAGGUAAUAAACGGGAUUAUGACCUCUGGGAGCAGCAAGGUAAUUCUGGCUGGGGUUCGCGAGACGUCUUGCAUUAUUUUAAGAAAUCAGAGGAUAAUCAGAAUCCCUAUUUGGUUCGUACACCGUAUCACGCAAACGGCGGAUACUUGACAGUGCAAGAGGCACCGUGGCAUACACCCUUAGCGGCGGCCUUUGUCCAGGCUGGACAAGAGAUGGGCUAUGAGAAUCGUGAUAUCAACGGCGAGUUUCAAACGGGCUUCAUGAUCGCUCAGGGCACCAUCAGGCGCGGUAGUCGUUGCUCGACCGCGAAGGCUUUCCUGAGACCGGUCAGACUCAGAAAGAAUCUGCAUGUGGCGAUGCACGCGUACGCGACCAAAUUGUUGGUGAAUCCCAAAUCAAAACACACUUACGGAGUAGAGUUUAUCAGGGACGGCAAGAUGUUUCAUAUACGUGCAAAAAAAGAGGUAAUCGUAUCCGGUGGUGCGAUAAACUCGCCUCAACUACUAAUGCUGUCAGGAAUUGGACCGAAAGAACAUUUACGGGAGCUCGGAAUUCCCGUGAUUCAAGACAGCAGGGUUAGUUUGAUU